AUGAAGCCCGACGACUAUAUAACACGUUCGGCACCACCCUUGUUGUCGACACCCACACCUUCAACACCUACACAAGGGAGACUGAAGAGUUCAACACUCUUCUGGCGCAUCAUUGGCUUGAUUACCAGCCUCAUUCUUUUUACAAUGUACAUCAACAACACUACAAUGGACAUAGAGGACACGGAGAUAUCACCAAGCAACCAUUCCAUUUUCAUUCCCUUUAUCUUCGAGUUCAGCCCCCAACAUGUCCCGCAAGUCAUGUGUACCGUCGAGGGCGUUGAUAUCCACAUGCCUGUAGACACUGGAUCAACCGGGACUUUGAUAGGAGCUCCAAUACUACCCAACAUACCAUCGACCGCGGGCACGCCAGCACACCACUUCUUUACGAGCAGUAAGAUCCUCUAUGUUGGCCGACUGGUGGAGCUAGUCAUGAACUUUACUGGUGAGAGUGGCUCAUACGCGACUGCAAAGGUCCCUGUGCUCGUUGUUGACAAGAGCUGGAGAUGCCCUUGGUAUGAUCCCCUGGUUGACCGGUUCGAGUGUCCAACAGGUCCACAGGGUGAGCAAGCCGUAGAACGGGACACAUCGCAAAUCACCUACAUGGGCAUUGGUUUCGGAAGAAACAGCCUAAAGGAUGGUAUGCCCUUUGCAACACCUCGCGUCAACCCGCUCUUAAACCUCUGCACCAUUGAUGGACAGUCUGUUCAGCGUGGGACGAUGCACGCUGGAUAUAUUGUAUCACGUGAAGGUGUCCAAGUUGGUUUGACACCAACAGCAAUCCGAGAGUUUGCUUUUACCCGGCUGGAGCCUGGUUUGACCUGGGCAGAGGAUAGCAGGGACUGGGCGAUGGCAAGCAUGUGCUUCAGCGUCAAUGGCGAGGGAAGGAAUUGUGGUAAUGUGCUUGUCGACACUGGCAUAGCGCAGAUGUAUAUCAGGACGGAGAAAGGCGUUUCGAUGCCAACCAUCGUCAUUCCCAAUCCCAACCCAAACGGUCAUGCGAAGAUGGUGAAGCGCGUGAAGCCAGGUACCAAGAUCACCGUUGGCUUUCCAUCCCUUGAGCAGCCAGCCAUGACUUACUCGUUCACCGUUGGCGAGAAAUCAGCCAUUGAGCCCAAUUAUGUUUUCCCUCAGAUACCCAAUCACUUGCCCUAUAUCAACACCGGGAGAAACUUGUUGUUCCGCUAUUCGAUAGCCUUUGAUGCGGUAGGAGGGCGAUUCGGGUUUCGGUCGGUGGGCAACUCUGCCACGGCUUCUGUAUUGUAG